UGCAAACAUAGAUACAAAUGUAUUGAAAAUAUUGUAACAAUAGAACUUUGAUUAUUUAAAGCCAUAGUAAUGACCAUUUGACCGAAACGGCUACUGGUCAGGGUUGUCAAGUCAUAGGCAAACAAACAAAUCUGACCAUAAAAGUAAAAUUCUUAAAAAACAUUCACAAAGCAACACAACCUUUUUGACCGUACUACAUCACAUAUUUCCUUUUUCAAAAUGUCUGGCGGAGAAAUAGAUUUGGUCAACAGAGAUCCAAAUGGACUUAAUGCUCAUUUAGGGACUUUGCAUUUCAAUGACGUUUUCGGAGAACCUGAUGGGGUACACAGUAUCGAUUGCGUAUGGAAAAUAUCAGCCAAAUGUUUCGACUGCUGGAAGCUGCUUUGUUACAACAUUCUGACCAUCAUUUACGGUAUCUUUAUUGCUGCUGAAUGGGGAUGUGAAUUUGCUAUUAUCGCUUUCUACCAUAUCUGGAUAAUUUCUCCAUGCAUGAAAAUCUUCGAAAUCAACUGCGGAAUCUGCCAGAGACUAUAUGCUACAAUUAUCAACUGCUGUCUUGUUCCAUGUUGCGAGGCUUGUGGAUCACUCUUCCAUGCAUUCAAAAAAUAAACGCAACGUUGAAAUACAAUUGUAUACAUAAAUGUACUAUUUAUUUUUUUGUUUAAUUCGAACUGAACUUAUCGUCAAAGUAUCUGUGAUAAAAGGAAGGAUAUAUUUUCAUGUUAACUCGUCCGUUGUCAACGGAAGGAUGGUAUCUAUCGAUUACCGUUCUUGCGUGACACGGAUCCCCAAAAUACUAGAAAGCAGUCUACCGUCUAUACACCUGUUGAGGGAACACAAUAUAUAUAUUAUAUAUAUUUUGAUAUACAUAUAUUAUUGUUUUCAAUAAAAAAAAAUAAAAAAAUCUACAUGU